GAACAAGAGGAGCAGAAGCAACAAUUGCUGAGCGAACAAGCUCGUCUUUCACAUAGGGGCGCCUCUGAGAUGGUUCUUCUACAGUUGACGGCUGCCAGAGGUAGGGAGGCCAAUGCCUAUUCCAUCUAUAAGAAUCCUAUCAUCAGUUUUAAUAAUUAUGUCCUUGACGGUCUCAAGCGCGUUGACAAUCGCUAUUCUUAA